GGACGCAAGGGGAAGCGCCUCUGGCUCCUAGGCUCCCCGGCCACCCCCUGCGCGCACCACACCCCCUCGGCCGCGAGCCAUCCCAGUCCCCGAGGGCUGAGGCGCUGGCGGGGCCGGGAAGUGAGUUCCCCUGCGGUGGUGCGAUAACACCAGAGAGUGACAGCCGCAGUCGGAUCUGUCGUGUGCCAUGGCCGUGGCCUCCGAAGGGACCUCAGCGCUGGCAGUGGAGGCGCCGCCGCCGCAUCCCGAAUCGCACACUUUGGAGCCCAGCUCGGACAGCAGAGCCGGUCGCCUCUCAUUCUGUACGAAGUUGUGCUAUGGCAUUGGCGGGAUCCCCAACCAGGUGGCCUCCAGUGCCACAGCCUUCUACCUGCAGGUCUUCCUGCUUGAUGUGGCACAGAUCCCUGCUGCCCAGGCAUCAUUUGUCCUGUUUGGAGGGAAGGUGUCUGGGGCAGCUGCUGACCCUGUGGCUGGGUUCUUCAUCAACAGAAGCAGAAGGACAGGGUCUGGACGACUCAUGCCCUGGUUGCUGGGAUGCUCACCCUUCAUCGCUGUAGCCUACUUCUUCCUAUGGUUCCUGCACCCCUUCACCAGGCUUCGGGGAGUCUGGUACAUGACCUUCUACUGCCUGUUCCAGGCCCUGGCCACGUUCUUCCAGGUGCCCUACACGGCGCUCACCAUGCUCCUGACCUCCAACCCGAGGGAGCGGGACUCGGCCACCGCGUACCGGAUAACCAUGGAAAUGGCGGGGACCCUGAUGGGAGCCACCGUCCACGGACUCAUCGUGUCUGGCGCCCAUGAGCCCCACAGGUGCGAAGACGCCAGGCUCCCCUUGCCGGACGGCGUCUCCCCCGACGCGAUACAUCUCUACUCCAUUGCAGCUGCCGUGGUUGCUGUGACUUACCCGGUGUGCACUGGCCUACUCUGCCUGGGGGUGAAGGAGCGGCCGGACCGCUCAGCCCCAGCCUCAGGCCAAGGCCUGAGCUUCCUGGCUGGGCUGGGCCUCACUGUCCGGCACCCGCCCUACCUGAAGUUGGUGGUCUCCUUCCUGUUCAUCUCAGCUGCUGUCCAGGUGGAGCAGAGCUAUCUGGUCCUGUUCUGUACGCACGCCUCCCGGCUACAUGACCAUGUCCCGAGGCUGGUGCUAACCAUCUUGGUAUCAGCUGUGCUGAGCACCCCACUGUGGGAGUGGGUUCUACAUCGAUUUGGGAAGAAGACCUCGGCCUUUGGGAUCUGUGUGAUGGUGCCUUUUGCAAUCUUGUUGGCUGCCGUGCCCAUAGCACCUGUGGCCUACAUCGUGGCCUUUGUGUCUGGCGUGAGCAUUGCUGUGUCCUUGCUGCUACCCUGGUCCAUGCUGCCAGAUGUGGUAGAUGACUUCCAGUUGCAGCAUCAGCAUGGCCCAGGCCUGGAGACCAUCUUCUACUCUUCCUAUGUCUUCUUCACCAAGCUUUCAGGCGCAGGUGCUCUGGGCAUCUCCACACUCAGUCUGGAGUUUGUGGGGUAUAAGGCUGGAGCCUGUGAGCAGGCAGAGGAGGUGGUGGUGACCCUCAAGGUCCUCAUUGGAGCCGUGCCCACCUGCAUGAUCCUCACUGGUCUGUGCAUCCUCCUGGUCAGCCCCACUCUGAAGGUGCCAAGCCAGGAUCCCUCCCGCCAGCUAAGCCUUCGGAGGAGGACCAGCUACAGCCUUGCUUAAAGUCUGAGACUUCUGUGAGCUGGAAGAGCAAAAGCCAGCAGCAUCUUCUGGGCCUGAAGUCUCCCUUUCUUCCUAGCCCUUUAGCACCCCUACCUAGCAGUGUAGCACACAACUUGUCUUUCCUCUGGGAUAUGGGGAUGUCUCCGGCUGCUGGGAUUGGCCUGGGCUCUAGGACCUCUCCCUGACAACUUCUUGCCUGUUGACCACAGACCAUGCCAGACAGGCCCAUGCCCCUGACUACCCCAGCUCCAGGCAACCCUUGACCCUGGACUGCAGACUCCCUAUGGGGAGCACCAGGCCCUACAACCUGCUUAGAUGGCAAAGCUCGCCUGACAGAUGGCAGGUGUACAGACCUACUGGCCCUCCCAAGGUUCCAGUAGACAUCUGCUAAAGACACAAAAAGAGACUGACGGACAGCACAUGAAUGGACAGAGUGGGGACAGAUGAUGGCAUGCUGGGGUGUACAGUAAGAGAAACAUAGGUACAGUGAGACCAAGAGGCCCGGAGAGACAGCAGUGGGGAUGACAGAGCAGGGCACUGGAGGUAUUUCUUGGGUCUUUCCUAUUUUGCAUAUAAGUUGAGGACACUUUCUGUAAGUGGACAGAUACUGAUAUGGACCACCAAAGGUCAUUUUUUUUCUUUCCACCGAGGUUUAUUUUUACAAAAGUAAAUUAAAGGGCUUAUCGCCUAUAAAUCCCUGUAAUACUUAAAUCACCUGGUGUGUCUACCUAUCUAUCUAUAUAUAUG